AUGUCGAGGCAGUUCGGCUAUCGACAUGGUAUCUCGGUGCUGCAAAUCGUAGCCUUUUCUUUCGCCCUCCCGUGCGCGGUCUGGAUGGCGUGCACCCGCCGGAACGGCUGGUUUGGCAUCGGCGGCUUGUCUAUAAUACGGCUCGUGGGCGCGAGCUGCUUCCUCGCGACGCUGAGCAACAACUCGAUGAGGGUGUGGGCGGGAGCAUACGUGUGCGAAAACCUGGGCGUAGCGCUGUUGACGUUUCUACUGCUGGGAAUGUUGGAGAGGGCAAACCGCCACGCCAAGUUUGUCCACCGAUGGGUAUUCCACGGCGUCUCGCUCGUCUCGUGGGCCGGCAUAGGGCUCUCGGUAGGCGAGUUCAUGACGACGUCCCGCCGGUCCGACAGCGACGACGCGACGCUCAACCGCUACGGGCUGGCGGGCACCACUCUGUUCCUGCUCUUCUUCGCGACGACGGCCGUGCUCGCGGCCAUCUUCUUCCGGCGCCGCGCCGAGCUGCCCCAGGCCGAGCGCGCGCAGGUCAAGUGCGUCGCCGCGGCCUGCCUGUCCGCCAUGGUGGUGCGCAUCGUCUACUCGCUCGUGGGCCGCCUCCCGGGACCCGCGCGCGGCGUCUUCAGCCCCAUCCGCGGCGACCCGACCGCCUACCUGCUCAUGACCGCGCUCGCGGAGACGGUGGUGGUCGCGGCGUGCACCGCGACCAUCCUCAGGCACGGUAGGGACUGGAGGGUGUAUUACAAGAGCGCCGCCUCGGAGGAGGUGGUGCAUGGGGCCCAGGACGGCGUGGAUUUGAGGGGCAGUAGUGGUCGUGUUUGA